ACGGUUAUUGCUUUUAAUGGCUGUGAAUUAUCCAACAACUAGCUGCAAAGAACAAACAACUACCGGAUGUGAAAGCAAUAAUAACCUUUCUUUAUGCUUCCAGCAGUACGCUCAAAUGAGUCAGUACUAGAGAAUUUCUCCAAGGAUUCUGAACAUGAGUCUCAUUUCCAAUGUCACCCUUGGGCAAUGGUGACCUAGUAUUUACGUUCCGUAUUGUAACACCCAUCACCAGAGCCGGCCAGAUGCGGGGAACGGUAUGGUAAGAUAUUAUGACUCCACCAUAAUAACUGAUAUACCGAAUUGUUUCGUUUAUCAUCUCUGCAUACCGAUUCUUAGCAGUGCUUUCAGUUGCAAUAGAUCUAUAGAUCGCAUAUGUACUGUUUCCGAUCUCACAGCCGUGUAAUCGGUAACUUCGCGCAGCUCUACGCUCCACGAUCCUUUAAGCCCCGCUCGUUCAAACCAACAUUCCACAGCAACCCCAUUGCUCAACUUGCGAAACAGUCAUAUAUUAAACGAACCAUGGCCACGGCGAUGGGAAAGCGCCUUGAAGGCAAAACCAUUGUUAUCACGGGCGCCUCCUCUGGUAUUGGAAAAAGCACGGCUAAGGAGUUCGCAAGAACAUCUCCGAAGAACCUCAAAUUGAUCGUCACCGCGCGACGGAUUGACGCAUUGAAGCAGCUCGCGCAGGAGAUCAAGGAGGAAGUUGGCGACGGUGUUAAAGUCCUGCCGGUCCAGUUAGAUGUUAGCAGUCCCGAGCAAAUCAGCAACUUCGUCCCUUCCUUGCCAGCGGAAUUUCGGGAGAUUGAUGUUCUGGUCAAUAAUGCUGGACUGGUCAAAGGCGUUGCCAAAGCCCCUGAAAUCGACCCCAAAGAUACGGACAUUAUGUUCUCCACAAACGUCACCGGCCUUAUAAACAUGACACAGGCAAUUCUGCCUAUCUUCAAAAAGAGAGAUGACGGCGGCAGGGGCGAUAUAAUUAACAUUGGAAGCAUUGCUGGAAGAGAAUCAUAUCCAGGUGGUAGCAUAUACUGCGCAACCAAGGCUGCGGUUCGAAGCUUCACGGAUGCAUUGAGAAAGGAGCUGAUUGCAACGCGGAUUCGGGUUAUUGAGAUUGACCCAGGCCAGGUGGAGACGGAGUUCUCCGUCGUUCGGUUCUAUGGAGACAAGUCCAAAGCCGACGCCGUCUAUGCUGGCUGCGAGCCUCUCACGGGCGAUGAUAUCGCUGAAGUUGUUGUUUUCGCAGCUGGUCGUAGGGAGAACGUCGUUAUCGCCGAUACCUUAAUAUUUCCUCAGCAUCAGGCAUCACCCACAGCCAUGUACAAGAAAUCAUCAUAAAAGGAUGGGAUAGACAUAUUCAUCAGUGGUGAUAUCAAAUGCCAUCUUUCGGUAGCCCACGGAAAGAAGAUAGAAUAAGACCCUUCACGUGCUGUGAUGAACAGCUAGCUGCAAAAUAAUAUUGUAAAUACAUAUAGAAGUGGCUAAAUUUAUAAAUUGAGACAAUGCAAUCGAAGACCGUGUAACGUACUGGGAAAUCUUGUCAUACCGUUGUUCAUCUCUCCGGUCCUCCGUGCAUUUUAUAUAUCACCGUCGGAGAAGUUUUAUCAUUGGGGUAGAUGUGGGUCUGCUGGAACUAAAUGCAGGCUUUCAUAUACUCAAUAAGUCACUGGAUAAAUAUACUAAUGGAAAUGAGGGGGAUGUCAAAUCAAAGUGUCCUGGAGCUCGUGGAAAAAAAAAAAGAAAAGAAAAGAAAAG